AUGCGUACCCUCACCCUCUUGGCCACCUUACUGGCCGUUCUGGCCGGCCUGUACAAUUACCUCAAUGCGCGUCUCGAGCAGUUUUACAUCUUCGAACCCGGCCAGUUGCAUGAUCUCUCUCAGCGUGCAAUUGCUGCCCACGGAAACGAUACUCGUGCCGUUGUAAAUUACAUUGUCUCGGAGCUAGAUGAGAAGGUCCCCGGAAACCACCUGAACAGGGAAGAGGAAUGGGUGUUCAACAACGCCGGUGGUGCCAUGGGUGCCAUGUAUAUUAUUCAUGCUAGAACCGCAAUCGGCACCGAAGGCCACACUGGCCGCCACACUGCGGAUGAUUACUUCAACAUCCUUCAGGGUACCCAGCUUGCCUAUGUCCCUGGAUCCUACGAACCUGAGGUCUACCCUCAGGGCAGCGUGCACCACCUCCGACGUGGUGAGGUGAAGCAAUACAAGAUGGAUGCGUCCUGCUUCGCGCUGGAAUAUGCCCGUGGCUGGAUCCCUCCCAUGCUCUUCUUCGGAUAUGCCGAUACUUUCUCCAGCACUCUGGAUUUCCCGACUCUGUGGGCUACUUCUAGAAUCACGGGCCGGGAGAUGAUUGCCAACUUGUUCAAGGGGAAGCUGACCUCCCUCUUCUACCCUGGGGAACGGGUCGCCAUCGGUGCCAGCGGUGGAAAAGACAGCACCGUCCUUGCCUCCGUCCUGAAGACCCUGAAUGAGCGCUACAAUUAUGGCCUUGAUCUCUGCCUCCUCUCCAUCGACGAGGGAAUCAAAGGCUAUCGCGACGACAGUCUAGAGACAGUCAAACGCAAUGCAGAGCAAUAUGACAUGCCACUAGAGAUCGUCGGGUACGACGAACUAUACGGGUGGACGAUGGAUCAGGUCGUGGCGCAGGUGGGCAAGAAAGGUAACUGCACAUAUUGCGGAGUGUUCCGACGCCAGGCGCUAGACCGCGGUGCGGCGCGACUAGGGAUCAAACAUGUUGUUACGGGGCAUAAUGCGGAUGAUGUUGCGGAGACGGUUAUGAUGAAUCUGCUGCGGGGCGAUCUGCCGCGCUUGUCGAGGGGUACGAGUAUCGUUACGGAUUCGGCUGCGUCAGAUAUCAAGCGCAGUAAGCCCUUGAAGUAUGCGUAUGAGAAGGAAAUUGUGCUCUAUGCCCACCAUAAGCAGCUGGAUUAUUUCAGUACCGAGUGUAUCUACUCGCCUGAGGCGUUUCGGGGUAGUGCACGGACGCUGAUUAAGGAUUUGGAGAAGAUUCGGCCCAGCUCGAUUUUGGAUAUUGUUAAGAGUGGGGAGGACAUGGCAGAGCUUGUCCCUGCGGAGGUUAAGGGUAAAGCCUGUGCUAGAGCUGCGGAUGACGAGUCGGCUGGUGGAUGUGGCAGUCAGAAUGGCCGGACGCGUGGUGGCGAGAUGGCGGAGAUGGAAAAGAAGCUGGCUGAUGAUGAAGCGGCGGAAUCGAGAGAGGUUGAGAUCAAGCUACCGGCUCAGAAUGUUCCUGCUCCUCGUAAGAAGCAGAACAAGGGGAUCAAGGGCUCAACACAGAAGACCAUUAAGACGCAAACGAUGGGCAUAUGCGAGCGUUGCGGAUAUAUAUCGAGUCAGAAGAUCUGCAAGGCAUGCACCCUGCUCGAAGGACUGAAUAAGAACCGGCCCAAGACCGCGAUCGAAGUGGGCGUUGGGUUGGAAGAUGAAGAAAGCAGCAGCACACUCAUGCGACAGAUGGAAAAGGUUCAAUUGGGUGGCUGA